AUGACAACUGCCGACGUUGAUUCCAUUGUGUCCAGAGAUGAUAGACUUGACGUGCCUGGUGUCGUCAUGAAUUUCCUCUUAAUGGGCUCUAUUCAUCACGCAAUGGACAAGCAACUUCUCAAGAACUUGCAAGUCACUUGUCUAAUUGACGCUGAGAAUCCGCGAAAGCGCUCAGCGCAUCCGGAAUUACCAGUGGACCCUACGACUAAAAUGGAGCGCAUUGAAUUGGACGAUGGCUGCUCUUACGCUGAUUUUAAGAUCAAUAUCACAAAGAGUAACAAACUCAUUCAAGUUGCGCGUUCCGAUAAUAAGAAGAUGUUUGUCUUCUGCACCCAUGGCAAUAACGAAUGUGCAGUGGUAUGUAUUGCCUAUUUAAUGGUUGUGGAGCAAUGGAGUCUCGAACAUGCUUACCGAUACGUGCUGCAAAAACGACCGGCUAGUGCUCCACGCAAAGCUUACGUCGAAAAGCUACGUACUUUGGAGCUGGAAACUCACGGGCGUGUGACGCUCCGUUCGGACCAAAUUGGCCCGAGCAUGAUUGACAUUAUGUUUGGUUUGCGGGGAGAAAGUCCAGUUGACAACAUUGACGAGCAAAGCAGCCACGCUAUAGAUGGCGGCACUUUAGCUGAACGUGCCAGUCUUGCGUCUAAUUUUUCGGUUGUCACUAGGCAGACGUAUGGCAGGUCUUUUUGCGAAACGACACUCAAAGCUGAGCAAAAGGACGAGCCUGGAUCAAGGAAGAAGAAGCUGUUCCACCCGCAUUUAUCCCCACGUUUGGGUCGAAGAAAAUCUAGAGGCAAUUGUAUUAUCAGCUGA